AUGUUUUGGAAGUAGAUGCUAAUGAGUUUGAAGUCUAUGAAAUAAUUUCCUAAGGUGGUUUUUCUAUUGUGCAUCGCGGAUGUUUUAGAGGCACAGAAGUAAGCACAUCAAUGCAAAUUAGAUUGCAGUCAAAAAGAUCUUUAAUCCAAAAUUACUUAAUAAUUACUUGAUGAAAUAAAUAAUGAAUUGAAAUGCUCUCUUUAUUAAGACAUCCAAAAAUAAUUCUAUUAAUGGCUCCAUGGACUUUGUUGUCUAAUAAUUAUUAAAUAGAUGAUUGGGUUUAAAUUAUAUUUAAAAUAGAAUUGCCAUGCUGUGUAUUGA